ACGAUUUUAUGAGUUGUUGGCAUUAGGAAAUGCACUUUCGCUCUAGCAGAAUUAUACGUGUUCUAAUUAGGCCAGUUCUACCCUCACAACUGUUAAGAUAAUUGAUAAAAUAGUUGCAACGUAAAACUGCCUGUCGGAAAACAGAGUUCCUUCCGUAAUGUUGUGUAAACUAGUUUCUCUAGCUCUUCUUCUCUAUUUUGGAGAUAAUUUUUGUUUAAGUCAGGAUGAUGUGCCAGAGAUAGUCACGCCUUUGGGAAGAGUUCGAGGCUAUUGGAAGACAUUAAAUGAUAUCAAACGUGCUGCAUUUGAGGGAAUUCCAUACGCAAAACCACCCGUAGGCGAUCUUAGAUUUGAGAAUCCUGAACCCGUUCAAGCUUGGGCAGGGACUUGGGAAGCCAACGUUGCUCAUACAUGUCUCCAAGUUGUAUUUCUCACUACUGAAGAAAUAUCUGGAAACGAAGAUUGCCUUUACUUAAACGUGUACAUCCCUGAAAAUUCUGUAAAGAACCCAAAGUCACUUGACGUUAUAGUUGUCAUCCAUGGAGGUGCCUUUAUGGCAGGCAGCGGACACACGGCUUUGAAUACGUUCCUAGACAAGGAGGUCGUGCUUGUAUCUAUCAAUUACCGUGUUGGUAUUCUAGGAUUCCUCAGCACGGAAGACAACGUCAUACCCGGCAACAACGGCAUGAAGGAUCAAGUCUUAGCACUCAAGUGGGUCAGGGACAAUAUCGCUUCGUUUGGGGGGAACCCCCACUCCGUCACCAUAGUGGGCGUAUCAGCGGGUAGUGCCAGUGUCCACCUCCACUAUUUCUCUCUUCUCUCUAAAGGAUUAUUCAUCAGGGGGUUGUCGCACAGCGGCACAGCCCUAGCACCGUGGGCAAUAAGGAAUAAUGCUUUGCAAAGUGCCAAGAAGCUUGCUGUGUUGGUGGGCUGUCCCGACAGCUCCUCGGAAGAACUGAAGAAGUGCCUUAAGCAGAGACCAGCGCACGCUCUGCUAAAGCACUUGAAGUAUUUCUAUGGUUUCGACAUCAUGCCAUUCUCGCCUUUUGCACCGGUGGUGGAAAAAGGAUCAUCAAACGCUUUCCUAGAGGCGGAACCUUACCAGCUUCUAAAGGAAGGGAAAGUCCUCGAUGUGCCUUGGAUUACCUCCUACACUACCGAUGAAGGAUUGCUUCCUACAGCACUUCUUUGGCAAAAGCUGGAAGAAGUAGACGAGAAGUGGAUAGAAAUAGCUCCCUAUCUGCUAGAUUGCAACGACACCCUAGAUGCAUCAAAGAAGGAAGCAGCUGCGAAGAAAGUUUUAGACUACUAUUUGGGACCAGGAGAAAAAAUCAGUAAAAAUAAUUUCAAAAAAUUUACAAAGAUUUUUAGUGACAGGUUGAUCGCUGUCUCUGCAGAAUUAUCAGUGAAACUACAAGCCAAGGUAACGAAAUCUCCAGUAUAUCUCUACAUAUUUAAUUACACCGAAGGUGAAAACACAAUCAGGCACCUUUUCUCAAAAGAGGAAGAAAUACAAGGUGUGUGUCACGGUGAUGAUGGAAUCUACUUCUAUAGUUUAUUACAGAUAAAACCAUUAUCGGAACAGGAUAAACGCUUGAGUACUGCUUGCCAGAAUAUGUUGUACUCAUAUGCCAGCAGCGGUAUUCCUUCUUUCGAUGGAACAGACACUUGGCAACCAAUAGGAUCUGAAGAGCUGACUUACUUGGUUGUAAACGGACCAGAAGACAUAAAACUACAAAGGAGCGAAAGCCUGGCCCCAACUGACUUUUGGAGUAAGCUUGGACUCCUGGAGAAUGAAAACCUUGUUGUAAAAGAUGAACUGUAGAUUUCUUUAUGUGAAUUAUAAACAUAUCUCACAAAGUAGAAAAUAAAUUGAUUUAAUCGUU